AAAGACGCCAGUUAUCGUCCACGUGACCGUAAUGAGACGUCUAGACUGGACUCGACGUAGGAUAGCAAAGAAUUACUUCUCCUUCUCCGAUAACUCGUUAUCAUCGUUAUUAUUUUAAUAACACGACGCGUAUUUUAUUGUUACGGUAAAUCGUUUGGUUGACAUUAAAACGGACGGAAUCACGACUCGACUAUCUCCUUCAUUUUCUUCGUCCAUACGAUUAUGCGUCGUACGUUAUUAAAGCUUUAAAUGUCCGAUAAACCCACAUAUAAACGAGGAAGAUUAUUAUUGAAAAUAAUCGAAGCUUACCUCGGCCUUGAAUCCAGAAUAUUCUUUACUCAAACGUGACUUUCCAAAUGUUCCCGCCGAUAUUUCUAUUUAGAAUUCUCAAUUAGCGAUAUAAAGAAAUUGUGAAACGAGGAAAGAGUUAAUAAUACCGACUUUUCAUUCGAAAUCGUUCCUACGUAAAACGAGUGCUCGUAGCACCGAUUGAUUUUCAGCAUCGGCCGAUGGCGGCCGAACAUAGCCGAGUCAUUAAUAAACCGAUCGUCGAGUAGAGCAGUGUAGUAGUCGAUGCUAGAAUUGAAAAGAAAAAGGGAGAAACAGAUGGUAGAAUGUGAAUAGCAGCAUAGUAUGGAAUCGGAUAGCCUGGGAUCGAACACGGGGGUGUUUUCUCCGUAACGAAAGCAAGCUCUUAUCUUUGUGCACGAUUCUCUUUGGUCAUUAUGAGUAAUACUAGGUGGAGGAGGGCGAGUAGAAGGAAAAAUAGAAAAAGAAAGAGGGCUUGGCUUCCACUUCUCGUUGGUGAUGGUGCUGCUGCUGUUGGUAAUUCCGUCCUCGAUUAGAUGGCUGCUCGUUAAAGGGAUAUGCUUGGGUCUUGGAGCCACGACGAUGACGACGGCCGCCGUCCUACUCUCCGGCGAUUCGUCCGGAACAAAGGAGAGGCUCCGCUCGCGAGGCCGCACUUCGUGCGAGUGAAAGAGAAACGCGCGCGCGAGAAGGAAGAGUGAAAGAGGUCGAGCGGUACGAGCUGAGAGAGAGAACGAGUCGUGGGGGAGCGAUGCGAGUUUUGUCGGAGAAAUGAAAACGGAAAGAGGAGGAAGGACACGGAGGAGGAAGGGCCACGACAUUGGGAAUAAGGAAAGGGAGAGAGAUAAGGGUAAAGAACAGGACGUUUUGGGGCGUUUUGUGAAAGUAAAGGAGAAAUAAAGAAAGAAAAAGUGACGGUUGAUCGUGUCCUCUGGAAAAGGAGCGCGGAUGAAACGUGGCGAACGCGACGAAGAAAGGAUAAAGGGUUAUAGGAGAAAGAAGAGGAGAUCCCCGAUGUGUGGUGCAGGACCGUACGAUGGCCGGGGCCCUGUCUGAGAAUGCCCCGAGGCCCGUGAGCGUCGUUGGCGUCGACGGUAGUACCGUGGUAAUUGUCAGGAGCAACGCGGACGAUCAGGAACCACGGGGAGACAACAACAAUAACAACAAUCGGCACAGCAACAACAACAACAACAAUAAUCCCAACAACAGUACGAGCAACAACGGGAGCGGCAGUGGCAACGGCAACAACGUUCGGUCGUUCACCUCGACGGAAGCACAAACGGAGGUGGCGCUUCAGAAUGGGCCCGAGGUCCUUGAGGAGCUCGCGAGCGAGUCACGUGGUGCGCGUCGCCGCGAGAGGCGAAUGCGGAGACAGCAUCGCCGGGCCCUGAGGAGUUGCUCGCUCCCACCAACUUAUCCGGGUGCCGCAAAUGCGGCCGUCGCGGUCGGUGCUUGCCCCGCGUCCGCGAACGCUCCCGGAGUGCCUUUGGUGCCACCUGCGAGAGGUUUUCUUCACCCUCCACCACCUCAUCUCGGACUCAGGGGACUCAGUUUGGGCCUACCCUUUCCCGUACCUACCAGCGUCUCGGCAUUUGGCAGGGACGCAGUACCGAAGCAAUGUUGCGGCUUAGGUUCGCCGCCGGUACGUUGGUCCAUACUCGGCGUGGGAGUGGUGGGCCUGGUCUGUGCCGGUGCCGGUGCCCUUUUGGGCGCUCUCAGGGCCUCGGGACGCGAUCACAUUGCCGUGGCCCUACUCAUGAUCGGAAUAGGAGUGAUCCUGGUGAGCGUUAGCGCAGUGGCGUGGCGAGUGACCAGCCGAGAAAAUUGCGGCAGCUUCUUCGGUUUCACGGGGAUCACCGGUCGGAUUCCACCGGCAAGGCCUAUACACCCGUACGCUGCCAUGAUUUAUCCGGAAUUUCAAUUUAGAACGCCACCACCGAGUUACCAGGCGAGCAUGCAGGAGUACAGGUUACGGCUGUUGUUGCUAGACCGGCUGCAGCCAACUUCGUCUCCGCCACCCACCUACAGGUCGAAUGCCAGUAGCAUCGUGGCGGCUGCUGGUGGUACUGUUCGAGAAAGUAGACCACCGAGUUAUUGCGCGCGAGCAAACGCUACGCCAAAUGCGAAUCUGGUGCCCUCGAAGAAGGACGCGAAUCUCGUCAGGAUCGUUCAAACCGAAGCAGAUCCCGUGAUCCUUAGUGGCGAUCAGACGCCACCGAUAGCCGCGGUCGAGGUCCUUGCGCAUCUUUAGCCCUUCGAACUACUACUCCUUACUCUAAGGACCUUAUCGAAGGACCUGCUUCGCUCACGAGAAUUUUCGAGAUUAUAUCGUUGUUAGCCGUCGGAGCGUUUCUUCUCCAAUCGUCGCUUUGAUUCGCGUCACUUCGAUUUAACUAUGCGCGAUACUUUGUCGCCUUUACUUACUAGAGUUGAGAAAAUAUAGUAAGCCAAAAAAACUCGACCUUCGAUUAAUUUACGUCUAUCAAGGUACGCCGUUUCGAUAAGAAAAGUAUAGAAAUAGCGACGCUCCGAUGUUAAACGGUAUAAUCAAGUUGGCCUAAUAAAGUUUGCGAUUUGUCGCGUGAAGCGAAUCGAUUCUAAGCCAUAAUACUGUCGUCUGGUGUGUUAGACGUUUAUAUUGUUAGCUUUGUAAGUUGUUUUUUUUUUGUUUUGUUUUUUUUUUUUUUUUUUUUUUUUUUUUUUUUUUUUUUUCUUUCUUUGUCACGCGCGAGAGGAAUUUCUUUUUUCCCGACAGUAUUUGCCGACGGUAUAGAAGGGGGAUACGUUUUCUUCUGAAAAUCUUAUUCCGAAAUUCUUUGCGAAAAAGAAUAUAUGUAUGUGUAUAUUUUAAUCGUGCUGCGUUCGUUGUUCAACACAAUGCCGAAAUGCGUCGAAAAUGACGAGAGCCUUGCUCUUGAUGUUAACAAAUAAUCUCUCGAUUUUUAAUAGAUAUAGUUGUACUGCGCCAUGAUGGUCAUCGCUGACCCGACAAGAGAUAGAGAAUUGUAUAUUUUGAAGAUAUGUAUAAUUACGUACGUAGAGACUUAGAUUCAAUCACGAGUUCUCGUAAAGUUCUACUACGUCUCGUUUUGUAAUGUUUUUAUGCGUUUAAAUAUUUCACAAACACCAAUGCGUUAAUAACAUUCUUAAUCGAAUUGAUCAAAUAUACGAGGAUAUAUUUUUACGAUAAUUGCUUUAAUUGAGCCGCGCAUGAAGCGUUUUUCGUAAGGGAUCGAUCCUGCGUAAUAGAACUUUAUUUCGGACGCGUGAAAAUAUUCUAUGUGAUGAUAGUCCAGUUAUCAUCGCGAUAUCGCGAAAUAUUAUAUAUUUUGACACUUGGCCAGGAUCGAGCCUAACUUUCGUUCGGUACGACACGUAAAAAGUGCGAUAAAAAGAGCGAUUAUUAUCGUAUUAUUUAUAUUUUAUCGAUACGCGUAAACGUUUUUUCAUCAACGAUUAUGCGUCGCACUAGUUGUCCUUAUAUGACCUUUUUAUCGAGGACUAGGAGAGAGUCUAGAUAUUAGUAGCGAGGAUGUACAAUAAUUAAUAAUCACUUCAACUUAAAUUAUAGGUCGAUCGAUUCGAAAAUGAUUUCUCCAAUAGAUUUUUCUUCAACUUGUUGCCUAUUCAGCUCGAAAAAAUAUGUCUCGAACUCGUAAUUAACGUGAAAAUUUUACUCGAGUAGCAGCGAGAUCUUACAACGAUUCUACUUUUUCGAAACAGCUCGCUUAUCGCGAUUCGUAUUUUUAAUAGUCUUUACGAUGAAAGUUACAAUCGUAGAAUUUGUGAAUUUCAAUCUCUAUUUCGAUAUAUUACACGAUCUUUUCGAGACUAAAUCACACGUAGCAACGUUUAUCGAUCGAUUUUUUUCGAUUCAAUCGAACGAAUAUAAUCUCAAGGAUAAUUUAGAAAGAUAUAGCUAAGAGAAAAAGAAAAAGAGGCACCGUUUUUCUAACGGACGUGUUUCAUAAAUCACGUAGGACGAAAGCGUCAUGUCAUUCGAAUAUAGAUUUGAUAUUUUCCUCGACUUGGUAUAAUAACUGACGCGCGAGUCGCGUUAUUUUAUAAUUAUUAACGUCGUUGUGCAUUCGUGUAUCGCAGAAACGUACCUAUCGCUUUGAAAGUUAAACGACAGUAUAAAAGAAGAAAAACGAAAAAAAUGAAAAAAAAAGGAAAAAAAAAGAAAGAAAAUAGAAAAUGCUUCGGUGUCGCGUGACGAUGUUGGAUAUUCUAACCAACGCGUUGUAGCUUCGAUGAUAGAAUGGUAUGAUUGCUGGCCGAAGAAGAUAACAUUAGGAUACUCGUGUACAAUAUAUGAAUAUUUUUGUAAUCGUCUCUCUUGUAUCGUUAGAGAGAAUCGUGGAUCGCUCGGUAUGAUCAAGAAAAAGCUUCGAUUUAUACUAGCUCGGAAUAUUAGCGUUGCAACUGCGUGAUAUGUACUUUUUAUUAAAAAAAAAAUAAAUAAAUAAAAAAAAAAAAAUAAAAAAAAAAAGAAAUAAAAACGGGCGGCCUUAUGCACUCGUUAAAAAAAACUCGCAAUGAUGACGAAGAGAGACAGAGAAGGAAGGAGAGAGACACAGAGAGAAGGGUAGAGAGUCACGUGUAGAAGUUCCUUCAUAACGAUAUAUAUAUGUAUAUCUGAUCACACGGAAGUAAAUAUAUCAAAUAUAUAUAUAUAUAUAUAUAUAUAUAUAUAUUUAU